CUUGUCUCUGUCUUUGUUCUCUUGGCUGAAUUUUAGCUUCAUUUUUAACAUUAAAAUUUUUUUUUUAUUAUUAAAUUGAUUUUUAGAGAGAGAGGAAGGGAGAAAGAGAGAAACAUCAGUGUGAGAGUGAAACAUUGAUGAGAUGCUUCCCAUACGCCCCCUAUCAGAAUCAAGCCCACAACCCAGGCAUGUGCCCUGACCAGGAAUCGAACCUGCAACCUUUUAGUGCACGGGACAAUGCCCAGGCAUCUGAAGCACCCUGGCCAGGGCCAUUUUGAAUUUUAUAAAUUUAUAUUUUUAGCAAGCAUCUCAAAGCUGUUACAUCUUAGUGACACAAGGUGCCAUUUCUAGCAUAGUAUCAGUUCUGAGUUUUGAAAAUAAUGUGAUUUAAAACAAUGCAACUGUAUUUUUAUGUGGUGUCAGUUCAGUUAAAUUAAGAUUGUUGGGUGAUAUAUAGGCAGCAUGUUAAUAAAUCCUUAAAUUGGGUUCCUGAGUUGUAUUCUGGUUCCUGUUCUCUGUACUUUUCCCUUUCCCUGCCUGGCCCAAGCUUGAUCUUCUUUGCAUUUACUGGCUGGGCGAGGAUAUGUUUUUAUUGAGAGAGAGAGAGAGGUAAAGAGACUGAGAGAAAGAAACAUCAAUUGGUUGCCUCUGGUACAUGCCCCAACUGAGGAUUGAGCUCUUAACCUAGGAUGUGUCCUGAUGGGGAAUUGAACCCACAACCUUUUGGUGUAUGGGAUGACACUCCCAACAAACUGAGCCAGGGCUAAUUUUGAAUGUUUUGAAUAAUCUGUUUCAUGCUUCAUCCUUGAUCCUACCGUUACCUUGUAGUAAUGACAGGAAUGAGUUAAUGGAAGCCCAGAAAGGUUAUGAUGUAGGUAGUACAUUUACUGAUAGGUAAAGUUUGAAGGAAUUCUUGUGAUAUGCUAUUUUUUCCCCUCUAAAUUUGAGAUUCUAGGAGCCUCCCCGAGAUCUUUCAGUAUGGAGAAAUGUUGGGGCACUCUGUUAUAGUUGGCACCCUUUUCCCUUUGGUUUAUCAAAGAAAUACUGGGUUGGAUCAAAUGAGUUCCCUAAUUUAUAUGCUCCUGUUUGGGGACAAGGGUACAAGUACUUGGUCUUUGAUUUAGCAACCAGGUUUAGGUUACAUAAUCAUCCUCAUGUGUAAUUGCUCUUCAGUAUGUUGGUCUUUAAUAAUUAAAUUAAAAUGUAUGAAAAAAGCUAACAUAAUUCUUGUGCUGUAAUUUGCUUUUUCUUUGUUUGGAUUAUAUGUUUUUCAUGUUUUGAAAACAAAAGGGAAUGGGAGGGGAGAAAGCAGGGGUCAUUGCUGAACCCUGAUGGCUAAAGGUACGUUCUAUGGAUGAACUGAAUCAUGAUUUUCAAGCACUUGCUCUGGAGGGAAGAGCGAUGGGAGAGCAGCUCUUGCCAGGUAAAAAGUUUUGGGAAACAGAUGAAUCCAGCAAAGAUGGACCAAAAGGAAUAUUCCUGGGUGAUCAAUGGCGAGACAGUGCCUGGGGAACAUCAGAUCAUUCAGUUUCCCAGCCAAUCAUGGUGCAGAGAAGACCUGGUCAGAGUUUCCAUGUGAACAGUGAGGUCAAUUCUGUACUGUCCCCACGGUCGGAGAGUGGGGGACUAGGCGUUAGCAUGGUGGAGUAUGUGUUGAGCUCAUCCCCGGGAGAUUCCUGUCUAAGAAAAGGAGGAUUUGGCCCAAGGGAUGCAGACAGUGAUGAAAACGACAAAAAUGAAAAGAAGAACAAGGGUACGUUUGAUGGAGAUAAGCUAGGAGAUUUGAAGGAGGAGGGUGAUGUGAUGGACAAGACCAAUGGUUUACCAGUGCAGAAUGGGAUUGAUGCAGACGUCAAAGAUUUUAGCCGUACCCCUGGUAAUUGCCAGAACUCUGCUAAUGAAGUGGAUCUUCUGGGUCCAAACCAGAAUGGUUCUGAGGGCUUAGCCCAGCUGACCAGCACCAAUGGUGCCAAGCCUGUGGAGGAUUUCUCCAACAUGGAGUCCCAGAGUGUCCCCUUGGACCCCAUGGAACAUGUGGGCAUGGAGCCUCUUCAGUUUGAUUAUUCAGGCACGCAGGUACCAGUGGAUUCAGCAGCAGCAACUGUGGGACUUUUUGACUACAAUUCUCAACAACAGCUGUUCCAAAGACCUAAUGCGCUUGCUGUCCAGCAGUUGACAGCUGCCCAGCAGCAGCAGUAUGCACUAGCAGCUGCUCAUCAACCUCAUAUUGGUAUGUUUUCAGCAGGUUUAGCUCCCGCUGCGUUUGUCCCCAAUCCAUACAUCAUCAGCGCUGGUCCCCCAGGGACGGACCCCUACACAGCUGGAUUGGCUGCAGCAGCAACACUAGGCCCUGCUGUGGUCCCUCACCAGUAUUAUGGAGUUACUCCCUGGGGCGUCUACCCUGCAAGUCUUUUCCAGCAGCAAGCUGCUGCCGCUGCUGCAGCAACAAAUUCUGCUAACCAGCAGACCACCCCCCAGGCUCAGCAAGGGCAGCAGCAGGUUCUCCGUGGAGGAGCCAGCCAGCGUCCUUUGACUCCAAAUCAGAAUCAACAGGGACAGCAAACAGAUCCACUAGUGGCAGCUGCAGCAGUGAAUUCUGCCCUUGCUUUUGGACAAGGACUGGCUGCAGGCAUGCCAGGUUAUCCGGUCUUGGCUCCUGCUGCUUACUAUGACCAAACCGGUGCCCUUGUGGUGAAUGCAGGAGCGAGAAAUGGUCUUGGAGCUCCUGUACGACUUGUAGCUCCUGCCCCAGUCAUCAUUAGUUCCUCAGCUGCACAAGCAGCUGUUGCAGCGGCCGCAGCUUCAGCAAAUGGAGCAGCCGGUGGUCUUGCUGGAACAACAAAUGGACCAUUUCGCCCUUUAGGAACCCAACAGCCUCAGCCCCAGCCCCAGCAGCAGCCCAAUAACAGCCUGGCAUCCAGCUCUUUCUAUGGCAACAACUCUCUGAGCAGCAAUUCCCAGAGCACCUCCCUCUUCUCCCAGGGCUCUGCCCAGCCUGCCAACACAUCCUUGGGAUUUGGAAGUAGCAAUUCUCUCGGCGCCACCCUGGGAUCAGCCCUUGGAGGGUUUGGAACAGCAGUUGCAAACUCCAACACUGGCAGUGGCUCCCGCCGUGACUCCCUGACUGGCAGCAGUGACCUUUAUAAGAGGACAUCGAGCAGCUUGACCCCCAUUGGACACAGUUUUUAUAACGGCCUUAGCUUUUCCUCCUCUCCUGGACCCGUGGGCAUGCCUCUCCCUAGUCAGGGACCAGGACAUUCACAGACACCACCUCCUUCCCUCUCUUCACAUGGAUCCUCUUCAAGCUUAAACCUGGGAGGACUCACAAAUGGCAGUGGAAGAUACAUCUCUGCUGCUCCAGGCGCGGAAGCCAAGUACCGCAGUGCGAGCAGUGCCUCCAGCCUCUUCAGCCCUAGCAGCACCCUUUUUUCUUCCUCCCGUUUGCGAUAUGGAAUGUCUGAUGUCAUGCCCUCUGGCAGGAGCAGGCUUUUGGAAGAUUUUCGAAAUAACCGGUACCCCAAUUUACAACUGCGAGAAAUUGCUGGGCAUAUAAUGGAAUUUUCCCAAGACCAACAUGGGUCCAGAUUCAUUCAGCUGAAACUGGAGCGGGCCACACCAGCUGAGCGCCAGCUUGUCUUCAAUGAAAUCCUACAGGCCGCUUACCAGCUAAUGGUGGAUGUAUUUGGAAAUUACGUCAUUCAGAAGUUCUUUGAAUUUGGCAGCCUCGAACAGAAGCUGGCUUUGGCAGAACGGAUUCGAGGUCAUGUCCUGUCAUUGGCACUGCAAAUGUAUGGCUGCCGUGUUAUCCAGAAAGCUCUUGAAUUUAUUCCCUCAGACCAGCAGGUAAUUAAUGAGAUGGUUCGGGAACUAGAUGGCCACGUCCUGAAGUGUGUGAAAGACCAGAAUGGCAAUCACGUGGUUCAGAAAUGCAUUGAAUGUGUGCAGCCUCAGUCUUUGCAGUUUAUUAUUGAUGCAUUUAAGGGUCAGGUAUUUGCUUUGUCCACGCAUCCUUACGGUUGCCGAGUGAUUCAACGGAUCCUGGAGCACUGCCUCCCUGACCAGACACUGCCUAUCUUAGAGGAGCUGCACCAGCACACCGAGCAACUUGUGCAGGAUCAAUAUGGAAAUUAUGUAAUCCAACAUGUAUUGGAGCAUGGUCGUCCUGAGGAUAAAAGUAAAAUUGUAGCAGAAAUUCGAGGCAAUGUACUCGUAUUGAGUCAGCACAAAUUUGCAAGCAAUGUUGUGGAAAAGUGUGUCACUCAUGCCUCCCGUACGGAGCGUGCUGUGCUCAUCGAUGAGGUCUGCACCAUGAACGACGGUCCCCACAGUGCCUUAUACACCAUGAUGAAGGACCAGUAUGCCAACUACGUGGUCCAGAAGAUGAUCGAUGUGGCAGAGCCAGCCCAGCGGAAGAUAGUCAUGCAUAAGAUCCGGCCCCACAUCGCGACUCUUCGGAAGUACACCUAUGGCAAGCACAUCCUGGCCAAGCUGGAGAAGUACUACAUGAAGAAUGGCGUUGACUUAGGGCCCAUCUGUGGCCCCCCUAAUGGUAUUAUCUGAGGCAGUGUCAGCCCUGUCCCCUCAUUCCCACUGACCUCACUGGCCCACUGGCGAAUCUAGCCAGCAACCAGAAAUGUUCUAAUGUAGAAUCUGGAAUGGUAAAUGGUUGUGCCAGGAUUACCCUCCAAAAAAAGGAAUCAAAUCCACAAGUGGAAAAGCCUUUGUAAAUUUGUUUAAUUUUAUUACACAUAACAUGUACUAAUUAUUUUUUUUAAUUGACUAAUUGCCCUGUUGUUUUACUGGUGUAUAGGAUACUUGUACAUAGGUAACCAAUGUACAUGGGAGGCCACAUAUUUUGUUCAAUGCUGUAUCUAUAUUCCACAUGUGGAAACUUUCAGGGUGGUUGGUUUAACAAAAAAAAUUUAAAAACACAGAAAAAAGGUUUUUAACUCAUUUGCCUUGCUGGCAAGUUUUGCAAAUAGCUCUUCCCCACCUCCUCAUUUUAGUAAAAAACAAAAACAAACAAAAAAACCUGGGAAGUUUGAAUUUUAGUUAAAUGAGCCCAUACUGGCAUUUAACACUGUUUAUAAAAUAUAUAUAUAUACAUAUAUAUAUAUAAAAUGAAAAUUGUUUCAGAGUUGCUAAAGCUUCAUUUUAUGACAUUAAGUUUAUGAAACGUCUAAAAUUGCCUUUUUUGGAGACUAUUAUGCUGAAGAAGAUGGUGUAGUCCGUUUUGUGAUGAGGAGACAUGAACUCCCAGAAUGUCUUUCAAGGCCGGGCGGGUGUAAUUCUUUACUGCCUGUUGGAUUUUUCUUUUAACAUUGAAAGGCAAAAUCUUGAUUAUUUAGCAUGAGAAAAAAAAUCCAACUCUGCUUUUGGUCUUGCUUCUAUAAAUAUAUAGUGUAUACUUGGUGUAGACUUUGCAUAUAUACAAAUUUGUAGUAUUUUCUUGUUUUGAUGUCUAAUCUGUAUCUAUAAUGUAUCCUAGUAGUCGAACAUACUUUUGAUUGUACAAUUGUACAUUUGUAUACCUGUAAUGUAAAUGUGGAGAAGUUUGAAUCAACAUAAACACGUUUUUUGGUAAGAAAAGAAAAUUAGCCAGCCCUGUGCAUUCAGUGUAUAUUCACACCUUUUAUGGUCGUAGCACAUAGUGUUGUAUAUUGUAAAUUGUAAUUUCAACCAGAAGUAAAUUUUUUCUUUUGAAGGAAUAAAUGUUCUUUAUACAGCCUAGUUAUAUGUUUAAAAAGAAAAAAAAUAGCUUGGUUUUAUUUGUCAUCUAGUCAGACUGUAGCGAGAUCCUUUCUAAAUGUUACUUAAGAUGAUUCAGUUCACGGUAGUGUUUUUUUAAUCCUAAAAAGUAAUGUUUUGCUUAUUUUGUGACAGUCAAAAGGACGUGCAAAGUUUGGCCCUGCCCCAGCUUUCCUUACAAUCAGAGCCCUCUCACCUUGUAAAGUGUGAACUGCCCUUCCUUUUUGUACAGAAGAUGAACUGUAUUUUGCAUUUUGUCUACUUGUAAGUGAAUGUAACAUACUGUCAAAUUUCCUUGUUUGAAUAUAGAAUUGUAACACUACACGGUGUACAUUUCCAGAGCCUUGUGUAUAUUUCCAAUGAACUUUUUUGCAAGCACACUUGUAACCAUAUGUGUAUAAUUAACAAACCUGUGUAUGCUUAUGCCUGGGCAACUAUUUUUUGUAACUCUUGUGUAGAUUGUCUCUAAACAAUGUGUGAUCUUUAUUUUGAAAAAUACAGAACUUUGGAAUCUGA